CCCACUCACUUGUUUUUGAUGUAUUUAUCCAGUCCAUAUAUUCCUUCAUGCCGUUUGAACGUCCCAAGCUGUUGUCACUGGAUCGACAUCAUUUGGUAGCAGCGUUUCUUUCUUGAGGAAAUGAACUAACCCAUUCCAAUGGAAAUUUGUGGAUGUAGAAGUUUGGGUGGCCUCCCAAUUAAAUGCAUGAGAUAGACAUGGCUUAGCAACAAUAUAUUGUGGUAGGUUUAGCAGCUAGCUUUGCAGGAGUUUUAUAUGGAGAGAAAGAGUAGGGUCCCUUACUCUUAAUUUGGAAGAGACAACUCCUCAUGUGUUUUCAUUUUCUUUGGGAAAGGACGCAAGCAAGGCAAUGACUUCCUUCACAUUUCUUUAUUAUGUUGUGGUAAUAACUUUGUAAAUUUAUCACACCCUUUCACAACUCAAAGCUAUUUCAAAAGUGUUUUUCAUAUGUAAAUUUCUAAACCUGUGUAAAAGAUUUUAUACAAGUACACCAAAAUUGAUACGGAAGAAAUGGGGAAAGUGAAUCCGAUCGUGAGCGAGAAAUCAGGGAUGAGGGCAUUGUUGUCCUUUGUUGAGAGAGCUCAGUGUUUAAACAAGGCUAAGGGGUUUGGGGUGUUUGGGGAAGCAGUAGCAGGGGAUAUAGAAUUUGAGGGUCCAAUGCACUCUAAUGAAAAGAUUCCUACACUUGCUUCUAAAGACACCCCGGUCUUAGAGCAAAAUUUGAAGAAUCUUAAGCUAAGCCCUAAUAUAAACAACUUGAAAAAGGAGAACAUUGCUCAGCCAGAGUCUCCUUCAUCAUACAAUACUCAAUACCCCCAGCUUCCAAGAGUGUGCCUAUCCCCCUUUGCUGCUGAGUUCAUCCCCAUUAAGCCCAACUCUUAUGCAGCUCUAUUUGAUCAAAAAAUUGACCCAAAAGAUGGCAGGCCACACAAGGAAAAUGAAUUUUCCAAGAUUGAUGAUGGGAACAUGGUACUUAGUAACAAUGCACUAGAGGACAUCUGGGAAGAAAGAGAGGGGCCUAUUUUAUAUACGCAUUCCGAGGGAGAAGACAAGAUCUUCAAUGACAACACUCUCAAACCUCUUCAAAUUGGUUACUCAAGGAUGUUCAAGACACCUUUCGAUUUGGGGAGAGAAUUCAAGGGUAGGCACAUCUACUGGCCUUCUCAAAUAGUAACACAAAGGGUUGCCCUCCAGGACUGGGCAAGGGUUUGGGCUGCAUUAGGGCAGACAUGGGUUCUCAAACUUGAUGGUUUCUUCCAGAUUCUCGCUAUCCUACGUAGUCCUGCACUUACCUUGAAGGAGAAGGUAUUGUUGAAUUUUGAGAUUUGUGAUUAUUUUUGGACCCUCUAUGAUGUUUAUAAAGUGUUCCAAAACUUCCUUGGCAGCCGGGCAGUGAAGAAAGCAGUGAUCCGGCGAGUCUUCGUUCCUUUUACACAGAAGGCAAAUGGAAGGAAGGAAGGACUUUCAGUAGCCUUGGAUCUUAGUAUUGAUUUUGCUAAGGAAGGUAAAGAGAGAGAUUGGCCUGUAAUCUUCAAAGGAAGCUGCAUCUUCCUUUUUGGGGAUGAGGGACAGCCAGGGCUAUCCUCGGAGGACAAGAGAAAAUUGUCCAUGAACGCGAAGGCGAUGAACAUCCUUCAUUGCUCCCUUGGACCCGAUGAGUUUGCACGUGUGUGCUCGUGCAAAACGGCCAAGGAGGUAUGGGAUUUGCUUCAAGCCACGCAUGAAGGCGACAACUCCACGAAGCAAACCAUGUUGGCCCUCGGAAACUCGGAGUACGAAAGUUUCAAAAUUGGCCAACACGAGUCAAUCCAAGAUGCCAAUAGAAGGUUCAAUGAAAUAAUCAACAAGUUGGGUAAGUUGGGUAAGGAAUAUUCUACAAGUGAACUAAAUACUAAAAUUUUACUUUCUUUGCCAAAAGAAUGGCAUAGUAGUAUUGUAGAUCUUUUACCCAAAUGUGCAACGGAAAGCACCGCCCACAUUUGGUCUUCUUUGUAUUCUCACGAGCUUUUGAUGAUUAAGAUGAAAGAAGAAUAUCUGAUAGAAGACCCAAAACGAACCAAUGCGUUCAAGGCAUCCAAGGAUGAGUCUAGUGAUGACUCAAGUGACUCAAAUGAUGAGUCAAGUGAGACGGAUGAAACAUCCGAGGACUCUAAUUCGUCAAGUGAUGAAGAAGACGAAGAAAGAGUAAUGAGGAAGAAAUACAAUAGCUUUCUCCAAUGGAAAUUUUUUGAAGACUCAAGACGGAGAAAAUCAAAAGAGAAAGAAUCUGCCACAUAUGGUUUCCCACUAGGGUUUAGAUCUAGCAAAUACUCCAUCGGUGCUUUCAUCCUAGGACUUUGUCUUGGCUCCUCCUUCGCAAUAUCUCUGCUCGCCGGAAAUCAGGGCUAGGGUUUCGCCGCUCCUGAUUUCUGGGUCCCAAAUUGGAACAAGGUUAGAGACACCACGGAGACCUGGAACUGGCAAGUCACGACAGUGGACAGAGGACGACCAUUAGUGGAGAGCAGCUAGGAACGACUUCUGGACAACGGUACCUGGAGUAUAGCAAUCAUAUUUGAGGAGCCAUUUCAAAAGAAGGCAAAGAGGGGGAAGUCAUUGUUGACCUUUCAUCAUCUGACUAUUCAAGGACGGAAUUGAUGUAACUCAUGGAAGGUAUUGCCCAAGAAAGUGAGGGAUGAUGAAAGCCUAAUGGUGAAAAUGUAUGGCUUGAAUAAUCCAUAUCUUCAUUAAUGACGGUGAUUGAAUGAAGCUUCUAUGAUGAAGAGGUUUCAACCAGAAGUUGUAGUUACAGUGCUUUGAAUGGAGUGAUACAUCAAUCAAAAUUGUUACUCCAAUCCUCCAUCCAUCGCUGCUCCACCCUUUCUCUUUUAGGUUCUGUGCUUGGAAAGCUUCUCAUAAUUCAUUAUGCCCAUGUCUUCAUAGCAUUUCAUUAUGCCCAUGUUUUUUGUUUGGUGGAGAUGAGUUUGACCACCAAAAAAUUGAUUUGGACGGGAUGGUGAGAGAGUUUUUGGAAAAUGGAAUCAUCUGUAUUACUCCCAAAGUAGCAUCGGCAACAAGUGAUUUAAGAGAACGCAAAGCAGGUAGCUUUCCUACCUUGGCAUAAAUGGAUUUCGCUGGCUAAGGACGACAGGUUUUCAAACGGUCAGACAGAGGGAGCUUUUUUCGCUGGAAUAUGAACCCGAUCCGGACUACCAAGCAUUAAUUAGUUGGUACUUGACUCCAUUACAUGAUUAUCAAGAAGGGAGAUAAAAUAAGUUCCAUUCUUUGGUAAAAUUGAAGGGGAUUAUGGUUGCUAGAUAUCUAGAUGAUGGUUGAGGAUGGUGACUCGAUAACUACCUUUGCAGUGGCAGUCUCCAGUGUGAUGCAAGGAGUACAGAGGACUACGGUGGAUCAGGGUGCUGAAAAUCGAAGAUGGGAAGAAGCACGAUUGUUUUGUCUCCAAUCGUUUCAAGCCAACUUUCUUUUUUUGAUCGAUUUUACUCCUGCAUAUACUCACGGGAGUGUUAAUAUUAGUCAUUAUAUUAUGUAGUGAUUGUGCAUAAGCUUUGAGGCCAGCUUUAAGCAUUUAGGCAUUAGGCUUUACCGUGUUUAAUAAUACUACAACAAUGUGGAGGAUUUCUCAAAUACGGAGUAGUUUUUUUCAAAACUAUGGGAUAAUC